GAAAGGGAAGAGAAACAAAACCAACUGAAGGAGAGAUUGAUGGAAUUAACACAAGGAGAAAUGGAGGGGAAAGAUCUGCGAAUAAUUGAGCACCCCAGCCAUGAUCACUCACUGGUUCUCAGAGAAUCACUUCAGGGCGCCGGCGGCUAUGGUGGUGGACAUGUCCAAGUUUACUGCAAUGGAUGCGAGGAACCAAUCUCUUCAUCAUCAUCAUCAGGAGCAUGGGGUGGAGGAGGCGCUUUCUAUGCUUGCCCCAACUCCGAUUGCUGGUUUUUGCUGCACAAACGGUGUGCAGAAUUGCCCCCAAAAAUCGAGCAUCCCUCUCACCUGCAGCAUUCCCUCACUCUGCAUCCCCAUCCCUUAUAUAGUCAUAGAUGCGACAUCUGCCGCUACGCAAUUGACGGUUUCCAAUACCGUUGUUCCAACUGUAACUUCGAUGUCCACGUACGCUGUGCUUCAAUGGUGCUCCGUAUCCAAGAAAGGGUCGAUGAGAACAAGAAGAUUCACCAACACUCGUUGAUACCCCUCGAGAUGGAAGCCCAGUUUCUGUGUGCUGCUUGCGGUAAAGAACAUAAAGGUAAAUCCUAUCUUUGCCCCACCUGUGGCUUCUGGGCCAAUCAGAUUUGUGCUUCUGCGCCAACCACGGUUGACCUCCACCGCCACCCUCACCCCCUCGCUCUCCUUCGUCCAGCUUCUCGCUACCCUGGGAAUUGUAAAAUCUGCAAUGAGGAAGUGUGGAGAGCGUAUUGGGUUUAUUUUUGCUCGGAGGGAUGCCAGUAUUCAGUCCAUCUAAGUUGCUUGCCGUUGGAGGAGGUUGAGAAUCCCAACAAGGAUCCCAAAGAAGAUAUUAUUCUCUUCACAUGGCCAAUGCGAGAUGAAUCUACUAAAUUAAUGACUCAGUUGAUCAAGAACCUUAGUUUACAUGAAAGGCAUAAAAGAGGCACCAAAAUCCUCCAUUGUAGAGAAGACCACCCAUUGAUUUUUGUCAACAAGAAAAUUGACGAAUCGAAGGAUGACCAACUAUGUGAUGGCUGUGGAUUGACCAUCUCAUUCCAAUUCUACCAUUGUGCUCAAUGCAACUUUUCUCUUCACGAGUGGUGUGCUAAGUUACCUAACGAACUGCGACACAUAUUUCAUCCAAACCACCCACUUCGCUUGCUUACACAACAAGGCAUGCAUUUUUCUGGCACCUUCUGUAAUAGCUGUGAUAUGCCCACUAACUUGUUUGUCUUCUGCUGCUCCAAAUGUGACUUCUACCUUGAUCUCAAAUGUGCUUCACUUCCACGAUUAAUCAAACAUCAAGUUCAUGACCACAAUCUUGCCUUGAGGAGGGUAAAGCAUCCUUGCAAUGCAUGUGGAGUAGAUUACUUUAGACACUUUACUUUUUUUCGAUGUGAAGCUUGCAAUUUCGGGUUGUGCAUCAAAUGCGCUCUUCUUCCAUUUUCAGUCAAGCAUAGAUAUGACAAGCACCCAUUUGCUCUUACCUAUUCUCCCAUCAAAGGCCAACCCGAUGAUUAUUACUGUGAAAUCUGCGAGGAGAACAUUAACUCAAUGUAUUGGUUCUAUCAUUGCAUCAAAUGCGAUCAAUCCUUACAUCCGAAAUGCAUCUAUCCUAUUAAACGAUAUUGGAAUAUGAAGUAUGGUGCACGCUUCGAAGUGAAUUUUCACUCCCACCUUCUUAGUUUUGUCUGUCGCCCUAAGGCGGGGGUCUUAGCCCCUUGCCAUAGUUGUGGCCAUCAUUUCAGAGAAUUAGCCAGCAUGGCCUUUGACUGUGAGCAAUGUGAUUUUUGGAUGCAUCAUCACUGUUUAUAUUUUUUAUUUCAAUAAUAGAGCUCACCACUUCAAUGGCUCCACCAAACUAAGGAUUUUCUUAGUUUGUGGUUGGUUGCUUAGAAGUUGGAGACUCUUCUUCCUCUUUGAAACAUAUUUUGUUCUUCAAUUGUCUUCCAGUAAGGAUGAUAUAGUAAUUGUCCUUUAAUUAGUUAGGCACCUUUAGUACAUGAUUCUCUCCUAUGUCUUUCUAUUUGGUUUAUGAUUGGU